CACGUCAUCAUUCUGCGCCCACGUCACCGGAAGUCGAAAUGGCCGCGGUGGGAAGUUAGUGUAGGAUAGUGCAAACGAGGGAAGAGAAGCCUGACCUGUUGUUGCAAAGACAUGACCGUGUGUAGUUUCUUCCUUCAAGGCCGUUGUCGCUAUGGCGAGAAGUGCUGGAACGAGCAUCCACAGGGAGGCAGUGGCGGGAGCUACAGUAACACUAACCGGGUUCCGCAGCAGCAGUCUGGUGGUGGUGGCCAACGAGGAGGCGGCGGAGGGUUUGGGAACAGAGUGUGGGUGAACCCCUCACAGAGGUCCUCCAACAGGGACUAUGUAGCACCAUCCUCAUUUUCCAGAGGAGGGAACGACUGGGGAAGGGGGGGUGGGGGCUCCAGGGACUUCAAGAGCUCCAAUUUCACUUUCACCAUUGAAAACCGGUUCUCUGCCCUGGAUACACAUCAAACCACCGAUCGGGGUUUACAAGAUGACAACAAUAAGAACCUUGAGACAGUCCACAAAGACAUGGAAAUAUGGGAAACAUCUGGCCAGUGGCUUUUCUCCUGUUACUCCAUUUUGAAAGCUUCCAUCCCAGGAUUUCCAGAAUAUUCUCCAGAAGAAUUGCGAAUGGAGUAUUAUAAAUGCAGAGAAACAGGAAAUCUGCAAACCUAUGCCAACUCUGUGCAACAGCUCAUCAGUCAGUGGAGAAGCAGAGUGCAGGAGCUUAAGAACCUGAACUCCACCUCACUAGCCAAGCUGAUCACUGAAUUAAAUAGUCAAGGUACUCCAUCAUCUGUUGGUUUUGGAUCUAUAGCUUCUGCUUUUGGAAAAGGAGGUUUCAGUGGAACAGAGAGCAAUGCCUUCAGUUUUGCACCAUCCAGCAGUGGGUUUGGAUCCACAAGCACACCAGGGGCCCCCACUGGCUUUGGCAGCCUGGGUUCCACACAGCCUGCUCCUCUGUUUGGAUCCUCAGCCAGCACCUCUAGCAGUGCUUCCUCUUCCUCUGACCCUUCAGCAGCCACCUUCUCCUUUGCUGUUCCUGUAGCCAACAAGGAGCAAGUCACAGGAUUUGGAAGCACCAGUGUUGCUGGGUUCUCCUUCACAUCCGCCGGAUUUGGAAAUUCGUUUACCUCGGCACCAACUGCCGGCGCAUCUCCUGGACAGGGCAGCAGUGUGUUUGGUGGAAGCAGCACUGUAACUGGGACUGGAAGUGGAAUGGUAGCAGCUGGAGCAGCAAGCUCUGGGAGUCCGGCAGAUAAGCUUUUCACACCCCAGAGUGAACUAACUCCUGAGGAGCUCAAAGAGUUCAUGGGAAAGAGAUUCACCCUGGGCCAGAUCCCACUGAAACCUCCGCCUGCAGAUCUACUGGUCGUGUGACAUGACGACACAGGAGCUCCGUAGCUCAGAGGACUCCAAGGACAUCUUUGUCUAUUUCGCUUUAUUUUUGAGGCUUCAAUAAAUAUACUUUCUCUUGUGAAAGCAAGAUUUUGGGUGACAUUUCCUCAUGUCAAGUGUUAUAUUUUACUACAUCAAACAAAAUAGUUAUUUGUGAUCUAUUAUGCUGAUUAUAAAAAUUGUGAUUCAAAAAAUGUAUACAGUAGCAAUUUAAGAUGAGGGGGUAGCAUUGUGGUUACGGCUGUGGCCUUGCACCCUAAAGGUGUGACCCCCCCCCCCGCUCUACUACUCUUGAUCAAGGUACUUACCCUCAACUGAGCAGUAAGAAUACGGCUACUGUAUUACGUGUAAAUCGCCGUAAAGCUGAUUAUGUAAAAUUGUAAGUCGUAUUGACCAAAAGUGGCAACUAGAAUAAAUAAGAUU